AAGAAUAUCUAUUCAAGACCAGGUUCCUAAAGAUACAGAUUACAGAAGUCCUCUAAAUCCACGUUAAUCAAACCCAUAGGAAUGCAUGAAACCCCUGAUUAGCAAAUCCAUCCAAAUAAUGCCCAAAAAGUUCACGUGAAAAAUAAAAUAAUUCCAAGCUUCACAUGCAUGCCGUUGUGGUCAUUCGCUGGGCCCACAAGAGUCGUCCCUAAUGGCAGUUUCUUAGCAUCUUUCUUCCAUAUCCCUCCUCAAGCUUUUAAUGAUUGCAAUACAUACAAACGCGUAGAGUCAAAAAAGAGUUCAAUUGUUUCACCGUCUGACGGUAAGUAUUCCAAGAAACAGUAACUAUAAAACCCCGAACCCAAAACAAGAUGCUCGACAAUGGAGUACGUCGUGAGCUAUAAACGCAAAAUACCCACUAAAAGUUACUUUCCGUUCUCAUUUCAUUAACUGCUUCUCCUUAUCUGCAGCCACCAUUGAAGGUAGUACCACCAUACACGCAGUAACCCACGAAACCAGAAGCUUCUCUCCGUUUCUCUGCUUUCUAUUCUCCAUAUCACACCCACUAAGCACAGAUCUUGCACGAGCGAUCAAACUUUGCUCUGCAUCUGAAUUCACCUCGCAUUCCAUUUCUUCCUCCCUCACCGGCGUUAACUGAAACCACGACCCAGAAAAACCCAGUUCUCAAAAUCCAUCUUUUCGAGGGACAAUGGGAGGUACCAAACCCAGAUUACUUCACCCAUUUUGUUCCAUUUUCUUUCUCCAUCUCACUCUGCUAUGUCUGCUUCUGUCGUCUCCCAAUGUGCUCGCUACCUCACAGAAGCAACAACCCAUCAAAACUAUUGUAGUUUUGGUUAUGGAGAACCGCUCGUUCGAUCACAUGCUGGGAUGGAUGAAGAAAGCCAUCAAUUCAUUGAUCAAUGGGGUUACGGGCGAAGAAUGCAACCCGGUUUCCACAAAAAGUCCGAAACCGAAAGCAAUUUGCUUCACGGAUGAUGCGCAGUUCGUGGAUCCGGAUCCGGCGCAUUCGUUUGAAGCAGUGGAACAACAGGUAUUCGGCUCUGCUUCCUUUCCUUCCAUGAAUGGAUUUGUCGAACAAGCAUUAUCAGUGUCUCAAAACCUCUCUGAGACUGUCAUGAAAGGCUUUAGACCUGAAUCUCUGCCUGUUUAUGCUGCUUUAGUUCGAGAAUUUGCUGUAUUCGAUAGGUGGUUUUCUUCAAUUCCGGGCCCUACUCAGCCAAAUAGGCUUUUUGGGUACUCUGCUACUUCUCAUGGUUCAGUAAGCCAUAUCGCUAAGCAGUUAGCUAAAGGGUAUCCGCAGAAAACCAUAUUUGACUCUCUCCAUGAGAAUGACAUAGACUUUGGGAUAUAUUUCCAGAAUAUUCCCACAACCCUGUUCUAUAGAAAUCUAAGGAGAUUGAAAUACAUAUUCAAGUUCCAUCAGUAUGAUCUGAAGUUCAAGAAUGAUGCUAGAAAUGGGAAGCUUCCUCCCUUGACAGUGAUUGAGCCCAGGUAUUUUGACCUGAUAGGCUUCCCUGCGAAUGAUGAUCACCCAUCUCAUGAUGUAGCAAAUGGACAGAAGCUCGUGAAAGAGGUGUAUGAGACUCUGAGAGCAAGCCCUCAAUGGAAUGGGACUCUUCUGGUGAUUACAUAUGAUGAACAUGGUGGGUUUUAUGAUCAUGUAGAGACUCCUUUUGUCAAUGUUCCUAGUCCAGAUGGGAACACAGGACCAGCUCCAUAUUUCUUCAAGUUUGAUCGGUUAGGUGUUCGCGUGCCCACAAUUAUGGUCUCACCUUGGAUUAAGAAAGGAACUGUUGUAAGUGGUCCCAAAGGACCAGCUCAAAACUCAGAGUUUGAGCACUCUUCUAUACCUGCCACCAUUAAGAAGAUGUUCAACCUUUCCUCUAAUUUCUUAACCCACAGAGAUGCAUGGGCUGGCACAUUCGAGAGUAUUGUUUCAGAGUUAACCUCACCCAGAACGGAUUGCCCAGAAACUUUGCCAGAAGUUACUCCUCUGAGGAGCAGUGAAGCAAAAGAAAAUGGUGGGUUAUCGGAGUUUCAGAGUGAGUUAGUCCAACUGGCUGCUGUUCUAAAUGGGGACCACUUCUUGAGCAGUUUCCCAGAUGAAAUGAGCAAGAAGAUGAGUGUAAAGGAAGCUCAUGGAUAUGUGAAGGGAGCCGUUUCAAGAUUCAUAAGAGCCAGUAAAGAGGCCAUCAAGCUAGGGGCGGAUGAAUCUGCCAUUGUAGGUAUGAGAUCAUCCCUCACUACCAGGUCUUCACCCCAUAAUUAAAAGGAAAAAGAAAAAUAGAUUAUCCCGGUAUGGUUUGUGCCUAAGUUUGUACCUAGUUAAGGAUGGGUCAUGUAACUAAGUAAUCAUUUUAGGGUAUACUUGAAAGCUAUAGAAAGAAAGUGUGAGAUGCUGAAAUCCUGCUCUUUGCAAUUGGAAGAGGAAAAGGAAAAUAUUAAAUCAAGUGAUUGUCGCAAAUUAGCAAUCACUUUUUCGCUUUCUCUUUUUCUAGUUAUCAUUUUCCCCUUGUUUGUUAAGAGUACUUUAUAGUCUUGUGUGGCCCCAAGAAAUUCGCAAGGAGAGUUUGUCAUCUAUCUUUGACUAUCAUUUGCAUUA